AUGGAAAUCCCAUCAAAAUAAUUAUAUUUUGAUAAUAAAACUUUUGAAACUUUAGCCAUAAAACCUUAUAAGAUUAUUGAAUAAGGUAAAGUAGUAUGGGCUUAACAGCUGAUGAUUUCCAGUAAUUAAUAGAUCAAGAAUUAUAAAAUAUAUAUACAAUAAUUCUAAGUAUUUAAAAGCUAUAUUUCAAUAUUAUCAAUAAAUUUUAAAAAUCGUUUAAAUGAAAAAAUGGAGAAUUUAGAGAAUUCUUCUUGUUUAAUAAAAACUAAAGUUAAUUUUGAAAACAAAAGCAUCACUUCUAAUGAAAAAACAGUUUAAAAUCUAUAUUAUGAUUAAGAUGUUAAAGCCUUUGAUUUAAGUUAGCUUUCUUUUAGUUUUGAUCCUUAUUUUCAAGAUAAUAAGAUUCUAUUAAUAUAAUUACAUUGUAAGUCUCAGGAUAGCGAAUAAUAAUUGGAAUACUAUAUUUAUGCUAAAACCUUGAAGUGUUAAUAAGGAGAAUUUUAUGUUGAUAGAGGCUGUUAUGUCUGUUAAUCCACUUAGGGAUUCUAUUCUGUAACAUACAAUACUACUAAAUGUUCAAUUUUUGAUAAAGAAAAAUUUGAUAGUAUUACAUCUAAUAAAAUAAAACUAUUAGAAGGGUUUUGGAGACCUAAUUCUCUUUCUGAUUUUACAGAAAGAUGCGUAAAAAAUCUUAACUUUUGUUCUGGUGGUUUGGAUGUCGGAAAUAACCUCUGCAUUCAAGGUCAUCUGGGAGGUUUAUGUGAAGAAUGUGAUAAUUUUGAUAUUAGAGGAUACGGAAUGUUUUAUAAAAAUGUGUAGUGUUGUAAGAUUUCUAAUAACUUCUAUAUGGUAAAUAUACAUCAAAUAAUGAUAGGGCUUUAAUCUCUAUUAUAAUAACGUUAAGAAGUAUUGAAAAAUCUAAUAGAUUAUUUUCAUCCCUAAAAAUUAGAUAAAGAUUUAGUAAAAUCAUUUUUAAAUUAGAUUAAGGUAUUUUUGUAGACUAAUAUUAAAGAUCAUGAAAGCAUCCUCAUUAAAAUGUUGCUGAACUAUUUGUGGAUAUUUUCUGUUAUAUUUACUUUCAACACUUAUUUUUCAUUUUCUUUAAAUUUCAUUGAAUUGACAAGCAAUUCUUCAUAUUUUAUGGCUAACAAUUUAGAUUGCUAUCUAUCUUCAAUAUAAAAUUUUGAACUUAUCUAUUUCAGAAUAAUUGCUAUGUUGAGUUUGAUAGCCAUAUAAUUUUUAAUAAUUUGGAUUGGGUUCGUUUGUUAUGCUAAAUGUAAAAACUAGACUUUAAACAACAGUAUCCUUUCAAAUACAUUAUUAUAUUUAUUUGUAUCCAAUUAUGCUGCUUUGAUCAAAUAGUAAUUUAUUAAAUCAUAGCAUUCUUAGGUUUUGUUCAAUUGUAUCAAAAUGAGAAAUUUCAAAUAUAUCCUAUAUAUAAGGAGUUGUUUCCCUAUUAUAUGGAACAAAUAAUCAUAUGCUUUGGAUUAUUAUUUUAGCUGUUCCAGGUCUUGGAGUAAUUGGGAUAUUAAUCCCCUUUACUUUAUUUUUUUUAAUGUAUAUGAAUAGGGAACAACUAGAUUAAAUUAAGCUAAGAAGGCAUAUUUGUUAUUUAUUUAAUGA